GCGGAGCUCUGCACAGCACCCGCCUUGCCAGUCACAUCACAUGGGCUUUGUCCUGAAGCUGACAUCUGCUGCUGGCUGGGACUGUCGAGCACAAAAGGAGCGUAUGUGGGAGGAGCCGUUAAUGCAGGGGUCACAGAUUUCUGUAGAAACGCAUCUUAGGGGUUAUUUCAGUUUGCCAUGCUGAUCACGUGGUGGUAUUUAUACAUCGCAGCUCGGAGCAUCGCUGAACAAACACUGAAAAUGGCCUCAGUUCUGCAAAAGCUGAUCACACCACUGGUCAGCGGUCCUGCUGAACCUCCCAGGAACAAGGUGACUGUGGUGGGUGUAGGCCAGGUCGGCAUGGCCUGUGCUGUCAGCAUCCUCCUCAGGGAGAUGGCUGAUGAGCUGGCCCUGGUGGAUGUGAUCGAGGACAAGCUGAAAGGAGAGAUGAUGGACCUGCAGCAUGGCAGCCUCUUCCUCAAAACGCCUAAAAUAGUGGCAGACAAAGAUUAUUCUGUUACAGCUAACUCCCGUAUCGUGGUGGUGACAGCCGGAGUGCGUCAGCAGGAGGGGGAGAGCCGGCUGAACCUUGUGCAGAGAAACGUCAACAUCUUCAAGCACAUCAUUCCGCAGAUCGUCAGAUACAGCCCAGACUGCAUCAUCAUUGUAGUUUCUAACCCAGUUGAUGUGUUGACUUAUGUCACUUGGAAACUGAGCGGCCUUCCCAUGCACCGCGUGAUCGGCAGCGGCACCAACUUGGAUUCUGCACGGUUCCGCUUCCUGAUGGCUGACAGACUGGGAAUCCACCCCAGCAGCUUCAACGGCUGGAUCCUGGGAGAACACGGAGACACCAGUGUGCCUGUGUGGAGCGGAACAAACGUCGCUGGAGUCAGCUUGCAGACAUUAAACCCAAACAUUGGGACAGAUGGCGACAGUGAGAACUGGAAGGAGACUCACAAAAUGGUGGUGAACAGUGCCUAUGAGGUGAUCAGACUGAAGGGUUACACCAACUGGGCCAUCGGUCUGAGUGUAGCUGACCUGACUGAGAGCCUCCUCAAGAACAUGAACAGGAUUCAUCCCGUCUCCACCAUGGUGAAGGGCAUGUAUGGGAUCAGUGACGAGGUGUAUCUGAGCCUGCCCUGUGUGCUGAACGGUGGGGGCGUGGCCAGUGUCAUCAAUAUGACCCUCACUGAUGAUGAGGCUGCCCAACUCCAGGCCAGUGCCAACACACUGUGGGACAUACAAAAAGAGCUGCAGGACAUCUAACUGACCUGCAGGUGGCGACACAGACGUCUCCCUGC